GUUACAUUUAUGCCUUAACCAGCAUCUAAGUAAAUUCUGAUUCAAGCCAUGCGUCAAUUACCGUUUUGAGUAUGGCUGAAACACUUGUUUCCAUUAUCUUGGAGCAGUUGGCUUCAAUCGCUAGUCAAGAGUUGAAGCUAGUGGCGGGUGUUGAUGACGACGUCCGAAAGCUCACCAGCAAUUUCCGGUCCAUACGAGCUGUGCUUGAAGAUGCAGAGAGCAAACAAUUCAAGGACAAUGCCGUGAGGGAUUGGCUAGAUAAGCUUAAAGAGGCAUCUUAUGACAUAGACGAUGUGUUGGAUGAUUGGAACACUUCUAUUGGGAAAUUACAACUUAAGGAUGUUGAAAAUGCUUCCAAGCCUUUGAGAAAGGUAUGUUCACUCAUCCCUUGUUAUCACGUUCAUUUUGGACAAAUUGGCAUGCGUCAUGAUAUUACUCUCAAUAUAAAAGAUCUAAGUAAAACGCUAGAUGCUGUUGCUAUGGAAAAAAAUAUGUUUGGUUUUAGUUUGAAAGAGGGCACGGUAGAAAUAAGACGACCAGUGACUGCAUCUUGUAUUGAUGUGUCAAUGGUCCAUGGAAGAGAUGAUGAUAAGGAUGAAUUACUAAACAAGUUGUUGAAUGAGAAUAGUCAUGAACCAACCAUCUCUAUCAUUUCUAUUGUAGGGAUGGGAGGAAUAGGUAAGACUACUCUUGCUCAAUUAGCUUUUAAUGAUGAUAAAGUAAAAGCCCAUUUUGAUGAAAGGAUAUGGGUAUGUGUCUCAGAACCUUUCAAUGAGACAAGGGUUGCAAAAGCAAUCCUCGAAUCUCUUGUGAAAGUUUCUUCAGAAGGGGCAUUGGUUGAAUUAGAAAAUAUUUUGCAAAAGAUAAGUCUAUCUCUAGAGAGAAAGAAGUUUUUUCUUGUCCUUGAUGAUGUAUGGACUGAGGAUCCCAAAGAUUGGGAACAAUUGAUGAUUGUUUUGAAAUAUGGUUCCCAAGGAAGUAGAAUUCUAGUUACCACACGUAAGCAAAAUGUUGCCAAAACUAUAGGAGCCACCAACAUGAUCAUGUUAGGGACAUUAUCCAUAAAUGAGUCUUGGUCGCUAUUUAGUCAAAUUGCAUUUUUAGGUGAAGGCAGUGAAAAAUCAAAAGAUAUUGGUAGAAAAAUUGCAGCCAAAUGCAACGGCUUACCUCUUGCUAUAAAAACCUUAGGAAGCCUCUUGCGUUUCAAAACAAAUAUUGGUGAGUGGCAAAGUGUUCUAGAAAGUGAAAUGUGGGAAAUAGAACAGGUAGAGAGAGGGAUUUUUCCACCUUUACUAUUAAGCUAUUAUGAUUUGCCUUUUACAUUGAAAAAGUGCUUCUCAUAUUGUGCUAUCUUUCCAAAAGAUUAUGAGAUAGAAAAAGAUGAAUUAAUUAAAUUAUGGAUGGCGCAAAGUUAUCUUAGGGAUGAGCGAAACAAGGACAUGGAGUUAAUUGGGGAAGAGUAUUUUGAAAACUUAGCAAUGCGCUCUUUUUUUCAAGACUUUAAGAAAAAUGAAUAUGAUGGUAGCAUAGAAAGUUGUAAGAUGCAUGAUAUAGUGCAUGAUUUUGCUCAACUUCUUACCAAAAAUGAAUGUUUAAGUAUAAAGACUGAUAAUUAUGUUGAGUCUCAGUUAAAGUCUUCUUUCAAAAAAGCUCGACACUCAAUGGUAAUACUUAGAGGAGAACGAGACUCGUUUCCUACAAGCAUUUGUAAUGAAAAUAAAUUGCGUAGCCUUUUGGUUAAGUGUCAAGUGAGCAGCCAUCCAACUUUAUCCAAAUCGUUUCAUAACUUAAGUCUACGAGCAUUACAGUUUGGUGCCUAUAAUAAAAAUGUCAUUUUUUUGGGUGCUAUUCAAGAAAUAACUCGAGAAAUAAAAAAGAUGAGACAUUUGAGGUAUCUUGAUUUAUCUUUUAAUGAGAAGCUAAAAGAAUUGCCGAAGGAAUUGUGUGAUUUAUAUAACUUACAAACGUUAAACGUUGCCAAUUGUUAUGGUCUAACAAAAUUACCUCAAGAGAUGGGGAAGUUAAUCAACUUGAGGCAUUUAAUAAUUAAUACUGAUGGAGUAGAAUACAUGCCAAAAGGAAUUGAAGGAUUAACUUGUCUUCGAACUUUGAAAGAUCUUGUAUUGAGUAGUAGUAGCCAUGGCGGUAAAGCGUGUAGUAUUGAAACUUUGAAAAACUUGACAAAUCUUCGGUCUCUUGGUAUUUUGGGGUUAGAAAAUGUGGGAGAUGUCAGUGAAGUUAAGCGAGCAAACCUUUGGAAUAAGACAAGCCUCCUCUCUUUACUUUUAGAUUUUAGAACUGGAAAUAACCGAAGUAAAAGUGUUGAGAGAGAUGAAAUGGUUGUUGAGGCCUUAGAACCACCUCCAAAUUUAGUGAAAUUAUGCUUAAAGUAUUAUGGUGGUAAAACUAUAUGGCCAAAUUGGAUAGUAUCAUUAACUCAGUUGAGGGAGUUAACAUUUAGUCGUUGCAACAACUAUGAGUAUUUGCCUCCUUUGGGAAAAUUAUCAUCUCUUGAAUCACUCGUUAUAGAUUGGGCUCCGAGUGUAAAAAAAGUGGGUAAUGAAUUUUUGGGAAUAGAAAGUGAUGGCAUUGCCCGAUCUUCUAUUGUGUUUCCCAAAUUAAAAAAUCUUGAGAUUGGUGGAAUAGUAGAAUGGGAAGAGUGGGAUGAUAUUACUUUUAGCGGAGAUGAAUUAGUUAUUACAAUCAUGCCAUGUCUUCGUUACUUGAGGAUUUAUUACAACCAUAAAUUGAAAAUGCUGCCCAAUUACAUUCUUCAAUCGCCAACACUAAAACAAUUGGAGAUCGAGUAUUGCGAUAUUCUAACUCAGCGUUACAAGAAAGAGAGAAGUAAAGAUUGGCAGAAGAUCUCUCACAUCCCUAAUGUCACCGUCCACUAAUAGGGUUGCUAUUAACUCUUUGCUGGGGAAGCUGAGAAGACUAUGGUUCUUUAGGAAAAAACAAGUCAUCUUGUUAUAAAAUUUGAGAUUUUUUCUCGAGUGGGCAGACUGGGUGCUGGAGAGACAUUAUUCCCUAAGAAAUUGAGGAGGUCUAAUGUGGGGAAGUUAUUCUGGUUAAAUUACGGAUUGGUCUGUUAUUCUUGGCUUCUUUAUGAAGUGGCAAAUCGGUGUCCAGCUUUCAAUGGUUUGACCAUGAUUCACGAUCAAAUGCUGAUGAUGAGCAGAGCAAUGGACAGAAUGAUGGAGAAACUUUUUAAUACAAUCAGGGGUUUGGGCAGAAUCAUGAUGGCUUAUAUUGGAAAAUCCUUCUUCUGAAUGUUUUGAAUAAGUUUGAUUUGUUCAUGGAUGCUAUAAAGUGGCGUAGUCCUCAUGCUGAAUUCCAUUCUGUGGCUAUUAUGUCAAAACCAAAGGUAUUAAACUUCACCAACUAUUACUUUGUAUCAUAUAAUGCAGGAGUUGAUUUUGUUAAUAUUUUGUCCAAGUUUUUCUCAUCUCUUAAUGUUGGAGGCUCUUAAAAUAAAAAUAAGAUGUCCUGUUUGGGGGCUUUUAUUGAAUCUUGUGUAUUUGCAUGGACGGCUGAAAAGAGUAUGUUUCUUGAGGAGAAAACAAGGCAUCUUGGGAUAAGUUUGUUCUGUUUUUUUCUCAG